AGUCACAGACGUGCGGGUUUGUCCGUAGCGGGCAGCUUGUUCUUCUCCCCCGACCGGGUUAGAGCGGGACUUCCGAUUCCCUCCUGCUCCUCUGGGGGCGCAAGACCUGGAGCCCUGCCCCGAGGCGCUUCCACAGCAGCAUUUCCUCUGCUUGGAUAAGGCCUGUGCCGGCUGAGCUCGCGGCUCCUCGGUCGCCCUCCAUGGCCUCGCCGCGGCUUGAGCGCCUCUGCUGCGCGCUGAAUUCUUCCGCCAGGGCGGACCCUUUGGCGCUGCGCGACUUCCAGCUGCGCGUCUGGAACGGGCUGGGCCUGGGCAGCGCUGCGCUGGGCUUGCUUGGGGUGGCGCUUCUGAGGGCGUUCUGCAGGCGCUUCCACCGCCGCGGCAACAACAGCAGCAGCGCAUCCUACCGGCCUACCCACGGCCGCGUAGCCACUGCCGGGUCUCUCUGGGCGGCGGCUAUCGCCAGCAACUGCCUGGGCACGGCGGGAAUCCUUGCCCGUUCGGCACUGUGGCUGGCAGCUCCAUUUACGAUGGCGUCUCCGCUGUGCGUGGUGAUCCUGGCCUGGGUGCAGUUCUGGUUCAUCUCCCACUUCUGGGCCAUCUUCUGCUACUCUCUGGAGGCCUUCCUGCUGUUACGGAACCCGGCCAACCACAGGUCCUUAGCCCUCUACUGCUUGCUCUGCUGGGGUGUGCCGGCCUGUCAGUGCCUUCCAGAUCUUCUGCUGCUGAUGUAUCCUGCAGAGGAACACUGUGGCUCCCACCAGGCGCUGGCUGAGGUCCUGGAAGUCGUGCGUUAUGCUUCUACCUACGUUCCCCUGACGUUGGUCUUUCUGGGGAGCCCUCUGCUGUUUUCCAUGGCGCUCCACGCAGUGCCAGCUCUGCUGCGGAGGAGCAAGGGGGUGUACACAGCCAGUGAGCGGCAUCAAGAGGAGGAGCUCCGCAGGCGGUUCACUGGCAUCCUGACGGCCUUCGCUGCCUGCUGGACGGCAAACGUGUUGAAUGAGCUGCUGCUGGUGGUAGCGGUGGAGCUGAAGUCCUUGUGGAGUCCGGAGACGUGGCACCUUCUGUGUGUGGCAUCUCUCUCUUGUUGGACCAUCAUGGCUAUCCUGAACCCUCUGUCGGGGCUCCUGCUCAUGCUGGCGUUGUCGGCCUGGAGAAGCAGCUCAUGCACCACGGGGAGGGCUGCCUGGAGAGCCCUGACUGACAACUUGGAGGACAGCCCCAGAGAGCAGGACCCACUGCCAGAGGCUGCUCCUGACCCUGCCGAUGGCUUCCUGGUGGGCCCUGGUAUGCUGGAGGUGUCCUGCUUCUUGGCUUCCUUGGAGAGCAGCACUUCCGUGGACUUCAUCUGUGCAGUGGCUGAGAACAGCUCAGUCCAGCCCAGGCAUCGGAAUGUGGAAUUGCAGAAGGAAGAUGCAAGCCCAGCUGUAGCCUCUUGGGAGGAGGAAAGGCUUUUGAGCUGCAACUGCAAGGGGUAAAUAAAGGCUGCUGCGCCCCA